UGUGCUGUGUCCCUCGGACACAGCGGAUCACUGAUCAACAGAAAGAACCGAAGACAUCGGCUCUGUCAUGUGAUCAGCUGUGUCCAAUCACAGCUGAUCGCAUGGGACAUGUACACUGAUCAUCAGAGCACUGAUGAUCAGUGUAGCCCCAUCAGUGCCACCUGUCAGUGUCCAUCAAUGCCAGCCGUCAGUGCUCAUCAAUGCCACAUAUCAGUGCCUACCAGUGCACAUCAAUGCCACAUAUCAGUGCCCAUCUGAGCUGCCUUUCAGUGCCACCUAUCAGUGCCAGUCAGUGCCACCUAUCAAUGCCAGUCAGUGCCACCUAUCAGUGCUGCCUAUCAUUACCAGUCAGUGCCGCCUAACAGUGCCAGUCAGUGCCGCCUAUCAGUGCCAUAUAUGAGUGCUGCCUUUCAGUGCCCAUCAGUGAUGCCUGUCAAUGUCCAUCAGUG